AUGCAAACAACAACAAAAAAGGACGAAGCCUCUUCGGUGAUCAAGUUCGGCCAUAACGUUAUAAGUAAGCUUCAAGAGGCCAUUGCAUCUGUGCCCGAAAUUGUACGAGCACCUUCGAACACAGAAUCUUGGCAAGAAAAGCAAGGCAUGAGUAAGCUUUGGAAGCAAAAGUUAGAGCGCGCAGAGGCGUGGAUGGAAGAGCAGCAACGACUUCUAGGCAGAAUUGCCAAUGGAUCAGCUUCCAUUGAUCCUGAUAUGUUGUCCAGAGGUGCGUCAGUAGUGGUACGAGGUGUUCAGCAGGAUGGCGAAGAAGAUGACGAUGACGAAGAAGGUGGACAGGAGACGGAAGAAUUAGCGCCUGACAUAGAGGCAGAGAAUGACGACGACGACGAGGAGUUGAUCGACGAUAAUGACGACAUGUUCAUGAACAUGUUUCCUGUGGAUGAAAUCCCGGUAUAG